AUGACCUCUGACAAUGCUGUGAAGACGAUGGACAAAGCUGCUGAUAACAAUGAAACGGCUUCCAAGGACCAGAAGAUUGAAAAUGCUUUGCAAGAUCUUACCAAGAAGAGAAAGGCGGAUGACGAGAUUGAGAUCGACUUGAAUUCUACGGUUCCGCUGUCUAAGAAGCAGAAAAGAUUGUUGAGGAGAGGGAAAGUGACUUUGGAAGAACUUAACGAAAAGUUCAACUUGGACCCAUCGUCCGUUAACGAAUACAAAAAGGAAGCAGCAGAGGCCUCAACAGGAGAUAAAGAAGGCUCUGAAACGCCAGAUAACAAAGACAAAAAUGUGGAACAGGAUUCUAAGUCUGCCAAAGACAAGAAGUUUGGUGUCUGGAUUGGUAAUCUAUCUUUUGACACUUCCAAAGAAGAUCUUUCGCGUUUCUUCAUUGCCAAGACUCGUGAGUUAGAAGACGAACAAGCCAGAAUUCAGGAAUCGGAUAUCGUUAGAAUCAAUCUUCCAUUAGCCCAAAACGAUGGGAAACAAAUAAGAAACAAGGGCUUUGCUCACAUGAAUUUCAAAACCGCGCAACAGAUGCAAGCAGUGAUUUCGUUAAGUGAAUCGCAUCUCAACGGAAGGAACAUGCUAAUAAAGAGUUCUCAAUCGUUUGAAGGUCGUCCGGACAAAGACGAUUUGAUAUCGCGGUCCAAAAACCCCCCAUCGCGCGUUCUAUUUGUUGGUAACCUGUCGUUUGACACCACUGAGGAGUUGUUGAAAAAACACUUUCAGCACUGCGGUGAAAUUGUCAAGGUCAGAAUGGCCACUUUUCAAGACACCGGCAAAUGCAAAGGUUUUGCCUUUCUUGAUUUCAAAAACGAAGAGGGCCCCACUGCUGCUCUAAAGGACAAAAGUUGUCGCAAGAUUGCCGGGAGACCGUUGAGGAUGGAAUUCGGCGAAGACAGAAGCAAGCGUCAGGUCAAGAGGAGAGACCCCACUAUCGAGCCCUCGCUGCGCGAGAAAGCUCCUCCAUCCACUACCACAGCUGCUGUUGCUGCUGCUAGUGCUCCUCCUAUCAGAGAAAGGAAACCUGCAAAACCUGCUCCAAAAUCAAGACAGUCUAAUUAUAAAGACAGCAACAACCGUACCAAAAGCAGUAUUGCGCUAGCGGGAGCUCAAAGAGCCUCUGCUGCUAUUGUACCUUCUCGUGGUAAAAAGACAACUUUCUAA